AUGGCUCAAUACACUGCAUCUCCCUUCCCAACACAACCAUUCCUUGCCAAUGACGUCGAUCCUCGACAAUGGGAUAGUAUCAACAACCAGUACGCCAUAUCUCAACAACAAAGAACCUUUCCAGAGAAGGAAGGAUCCGAAGACAACAGCGAAGAGGACUCGAGUUCAGUAGGCAAGACACCAGGCGCUGACAAAUCAGACAGCAAACAAAAACGCAAAGAGCAGAAUCGAGCAGCACAACGAGCAUUUCGAGAACGUAAAGAACGCUAUGUCAAAGAACUUGAGGAGAAGAUCAAGACGCUUCAAGAGAACCAUGCAUCUGACAACGAUCGACUUCAAAAAGAAAACGAUGAGCUUCGAUCAACAAUCAAGCGGAUGGAAUCAGAAAUGUAUACGUUGAAAGGAGCAGCCAUGGCAUUUGAAAUGUCCAUCAGCAAACUUCGAGAAGCAGGCAUUGAACCACCCUCCAUUGGCUCAUUUAAUUGUGCACUUUCGCCACCAUCGUCGGAUUUACAAUGCUUAGCAACACCCAGCAGCUCCCACCACGACAACAAUAGCUGUAAUGGAUCGGUUCAACAUCCCAUGUCGUCACCAUCCAUGUCGUGUAGCGAAUACCAACAACGACGAUCGAGUUGCGAUGAUAUGAAGAUUGAACAUGUGGAUGAAUUUGCCGAGAGCGCCAGUGAACGAUUCGAUCAUACCCCGGAUCCUGUCACCUUGACAAACGCCAAAUUGAUUCCUUGUGCUGAAGUAUGGGAUCAUCUCAAUGAACAUCCACGAUUCGACGAUUUCGAUGUUGCAAAGUUAUGCGAAGCCAUCAAGAAGAAUUCCAAAUGCUCUGGAUCUGGACCUGUUAUUGAAGAAGAAGUCUUGAAGGCCAUUGUUAAGAGGCAGCUUGGAGAACUCGAAGACACCGACAUGGUCCUCUAA